ACAAUUUUGUAAAUUCACAAUCUAAUCUUCUUAUAAACCUAAACCAAAAGUUUCUUACAACCUGAAACCACGUAAAGCUCAACAGAUUCCAUCAAUGGCGGAGGUCACCUACCUUCGUCUUCACGAACUAGAAGACGAUCCCAGCCACCCUGACCAAAGCCUAGUCCUUGACUCCUUCCCCUACUGGACCCCAUACGACUUCGACCUCUAUGCUUCCGAUCCCGAAUUCCCACCGUCCGAUAACUCUAUCCAUGCACAUAUCACUGUCCACGAAGACGAGCUUCUAUCCCAGCACGAAUCCAACAUCAACGUACGGUGCUUAGACGAUGACGAAAACGUUUCGGAGCUUGGUUCGAUUGCCAACGCCGAUAUAUUGGACCGCGAGAACCAGGUCAAUUUCGUCAUCGAUCUCUUCCACCAACGUGUCGAGCAGUCUCAGGUAAUGGGUCUAAGCGAUUUGGUAACUGAGGCACUUGACGAUUCGAAUUUUGGGGUGAUUGAGGGAAAUUGCGACGUGGGUAUGGAUGGUUUAGACUUGGAUUUAUGUUUAGGGAUAGAUAUUGAUUUAGGAAUGGAUAGACAUUGUCUGGACGUUGAUGGUGACGAUGAUUUCUUCGUGACGAGGAGGGUUUCUGGUUUAGAAUCUGGCGAGGCAUCUUCUUCUAGUGUAAGAGAGGCGGACGCCUUCGAUACCUGCAUUCGACUUGUUGGGUAUGGCUCUGAGUCAGAUGAAGAGGAUAUUGGUGUUAUUGGAAUUGAUGUACAGUCUGAGGAAGCUUAUGAUUUGGACCAUACACACGAGGAGAACGAUGAUGAUACAGGUAUUCCCCUUUGCUGGGAUUCGCUUCAAUUAGAGGAUCACAGAGAAACCAUUGAAGAUUUUGAGUGGGAAGAAGUAGACGGUCGGAUUGAUGAGAGAGAUGUGUUAAGUAUGUCUAUGGAUGCUGAUCGCAGAGGAUCUAUUUCUGCUUCGCUCUCUCGCUCAAUUCCCCCUUUAGAGGAGGAGGAAGAAAUAAGUUUGGAGAGGGAAGUUGGUUUAGAAAAUUUGGAUUGGGAAGUUCUGUUGAGUACUGAAAAUUUGGAUACAAACCCAGAAAAUGAACCUUAUUUGAGUGAACAUGAUUAUAUUUAUCCUGCAGAAUAUGAUAUGUUGAUUGGGCAGUUUAAUGAGACCCCGACAGAUAUGGGCCGGCCUCCUGCAUCUGGAACUGCUGUUAAGAAUCUUCCUUCAGUUGUUUUGAGUCAAGAGGAUGUAAGGAAUAACAAUGCACAUUGUGCUGUUUGUAAGGAAGAAAUUAAUGUUGGGGAACAAGCCAAACAGCUGCCUUGUUCUCAUCUUUAUCAUGGUGAUUGUAUUGUGCCAUGGCUGGGCAUUAGGAACACUUGCCCUGUCUGUCGCUAUGAGUUGCCCACUGAUGAUGCUGAUUAUGAGCUUAAGAAAACACUAAGGACUACACGUCGCCUCUGAUUUGUUCAUAUACGUUUGGGUUUGUAGGAAAGAUGAGAGAAGAAAUACACGGCUAAGCAUAAUCUAAUUGGAAUUUCUUUUGUCAAAAGAGUUCACAAUAAGGAAAUUAAGCUGGCAAGGUCGAAAAUGGAUUCAGAUAUUGUUUUUAGGUUUAAUUGAAGCAUUUGCGAUCAUAUCAACUUGGUCUUGCGAAUCAAUGCUCAACAAUUGCUAAUCGAAGAAGUAGGAAUUGUAAGUUUGUCAUCUCAGUAUGAGCUCUUGGAUUUAUAAAAAAAAAAAAGCAAUUUUGAAGUGCCAGGGCGUAUUAGUGGUAGUACUGCUGUUAUUAUUUUAAUUUUUACGAAAGUUUUGUAUAGUUGCCUUAUGCGUUCCUCAUAGACUUCGAUUAAAUUUUUUUUUGUUUUGUUGGAGAAAGAAAUGGUUUGGUGGCUGUUGCAUGUAUGUAUGUGUGAGAGAUAUAUUUAUAAUAUACUAGAAAGGUACUUCAUAAUUUAUUUAUAAUUUCUUGGGGGUGCUAUAAAAGUUUCUUAUUAGUACUUGAAUCAA